GCUACUAGGUAAAUCACCAAAGAGACAUUACAUAAUGCCUCCCAAACUUUGUGGACAUGCGAAGGGACAAACAGCCAAGGUGAAAAAACCGCUUCUGAUAGGCGUUACUGGAGGCACGGGUUCAGGAAAGUCUACUGUUUGCGAAGAGAUUGUCAGGCUGUUAGGAGAGAAGAGUGUUGACAUCAGGAAAGUCUGUAUCCUCCACGAAGAAUCCUUCUACAAGGAGCUAAACGAAGAAGAACAACAACUAGCAGAAGAGGGACUCUACAAUUUUGACCAUCCGGAUGCAUUUGAUGAAAAAUUGAUGCUAUCAACUCUUGAAGCAAUUGUGGAUGGUAAAGCAGUGCAAGUCCCUGUAUAUGAUGUUAAAACAAAUUCUCGGACAGAUAAAGUGCAGGCUAUCGAAGCAGCUGAAGUCGUGCUGCUAGAAGGCAUCUUGGUGCUGUAUUCACCCGAUGUUCGAAACCUGUUGCAAAUGAAGUUAUUUGUGGAUUUGGAUAGUGAUUCCAGACUUGCUAGACGAGUUAUGCGAGAUGUCCAAGAAAGAGGUCGAAGUUUAGAACAAGUGUUGGAUCGAUACAGUUCAUUGGUAAAACCAGCAUUUGAAGAUUUCACGCUUCCCACUAAGAAGUAUGCUGAUAUUAUAAUUCCAAGAGGAAGUGAUAACAAAGUUGCUAUCGAUGUCAUUGUUGAACACCUUAGAGAAAUCAUCAGCACUGGCGAGAUAUUCAACAUUCGAAGAAGACGACUAUCGAAGUCGCCCGGUCCUGACACUGGCAGACUUCCUGAAAGAACAAGAAAGUUGUCAGAAUCAGGCUUAAGACCCCACUAAUCACCUGA